CAGCUCCCUCCUCCCUUCCCAUUCAAGCUGUGUGCUGGAGCUGUCACUGGCGCGGUGGUGCUGAACAGACGUGGCCGGUAGAACAUGCCUGUGCCUCGGCUGUCCUUGUGCUGAGCAUCCUAUGGCAGGACUGAGCAGGCUCCAAAGCCAUGAACGACAGCGGCAGCUCUAUGCUGAGCACUGGGGAGGACAGGAGAGUUCACCACAGAUACCAGCUGCCCCAUGAGACUGAUCCAAGCUUCAGGAGGCCUCUAUGCCAUCCCAGGGAGAGUGGACUUGCUGGGGGACGGAGACGGCUAUCGCCACGGACAACCGAAAGCCCCCCGAUAAUGAGAAGACUCCCUCCGCAAGAGGGGGUACGAAAGCCUAGGCACCCCACCAGCCCUCAAUAUGCCCAGUACCCCGCUAAUCCGCAUCAGUACCCUUCCAUUUAUUCCCAGUACCCUUCCAGGUACUAUCACUCCAGCAGCCCACCUGCUGCUGAGCACCAUAGUCAUAUUCAGCACCAUCCUAAUUAUCAAAGUCAUCAUCCACAGACUCCCACUCACCACCCUCAUCCUAGUCACCAGCACAUGACUCCACAUAGGCAGACUCCCAGUCCCAAGCAGCAGUCUCCCAGUCCCAGGCACCAUUCACACAGUCCCAGGCAGCAACCUUCCAGUCCCAGGGACUACCCACCCAGUCCUAGGGAACACACACCUAGUCCCAGGCUGGUGUCUCCCAAUCCCAAGGAGCAGCCAGAGACUAGAAAUGAACAGAGAACAAAGAAGAAAGAGGCUGAGAAGGUUUCAGAAGGAGCUUCCACCCAGCCAACCAAAGUCAGUGACCUUCCACCGGCCAAGAGCAGUGACAGUGACCCCGAUCCAGACUCCGAGCCCCUGUUUGUGGAGCUGCACCCAAUUCUGAGUUCUGUGUUUGGUCAGGAGUUUGGCAGAAGCAAAAAUGCGGACAGAGAGCUGCGUCCAGAGGAAAUAGAAGAGCUCAGAGAAGCCUUCAAAGAGUUUGACAAAGACAAAGAUGGAUAUAUCAGCUGUAAGGACCUAGGGGAUUGCAUGAGGACCAUGGGAUACAUGCCAACCGAGAUGGAGUUAAUAGAACUGUCUCAGCAAAUCAAUAUGAACCUUGGAGGACAUGUUGACUUUGAUGACUUCGUAGAGUUAAUGGGUCCUAAGCUUCUAGCAGAGACAGCUGAUAUGAUUGGAGUAAAGGAACUUCGAGAUGCCUUCAAAGAGUUUGAUACCAAUGGAGAUGGAGAGAUCAGUACAUGUGAACUACGGGAGGCAAUGAAAAAGCUUCUGGGACAACAAGUUGGUCACAGAGACAUUGAGGAUAUCAUACGUGAUGUUGAUUUAAAUGGGGAUGGACAAGUGGAUUUUGAAGAGUUUGUUCGUAUGAUGUCUCGCUGACUAUAAUGAAAUAAUGUCCAUGUUACCCACUUGACUGCGCCACUUUGGCGAAGCUGUGCCUCAAUCACUCCACUAAUAUUUGGACUUGAAAGGGCAGUGCCCACAUCAGCCAUAAUGUCCCUAUCUUGGAGGCACCAUGUUAAUGCCAUGUCAGUAUUCUUGUUGUGGAAUACAGCACAGGUCAUUAUUCCUGCUGAUCCCGCUGCUCUGACUCUUGGUGUGCCAUCCCACUCCCAGAAAUGUGAUAAUCAAUGUAUGGGACAACCAUAAGGGGCUUGCUUCUAACUGUCACACAGCUUGAAGAAGCCUUCAGGAUGCUGAGAAGAACAAACCUGUGUGUGCAUGAGACAGCUCCCAUCAUGUGAUUUUUAACUCCUAGAGGAUUUGUGCAAUAAUAGAAUAGAAUCUGCUUCCUGGAUUUUCAACUAUAUUAAAUAAAUAGUCUUAAAUAUA